AUUUGACACGCUAAAGUAAAUAAGUUUAAAUUUAACAAUUCCAACAUUUUUAGGUCAACACACGUUGUCAAUAAUUUAUAAGGGUGGAUUUUUGUGUUCACAAAGCUUAACGUACUAUUUUUGAAAAGACACUGGAGUGGGAGUCGGAUUGAGGACUAACAAACCUGGCCACCAUUUUAAUUGAACCCCAAUCGAACAGCUGACGUACCGCAGGCCCCGUUAGUUUUCCCUGAUCGUGUUGCAUAUCAUAUCUCCCAUUACAACGCUGUAGUCGAAUCAAACCGGUUUGUCGCCUCUCGAUUUUUCGGUUGUCUCAGUCUCAGUUCACAUUCAUUUCCCAACCAAACCAUUGCUUUUAUUUUGCUCCGCGGGUGCCAACGAACUCGCUGCGCCUUUAUAACACCACCGCCUUCAUCCUUUCAUUCAGUUCAGUUCAGUUUGCUCUGGGAUAAGCAGUAUGAAAAACGUUUUGGAUGUAAUGUCGUUGCAGCAGCACGUGGAGUCGAACAAGGCGCAGACCAUGAAGCCCAUCGACUAUCGCAAACUGAACAAGCCCGGUGUGGUGCCGCUGUACAUCUUCGAGUGCGCUGCCAAGUUGAAAAUGAAACCCUUGACGGCUGCCUGUGCGGCCAUAGUCUACCAUCGCUUCUUCCGGGAAGUCAAGGCCAGCGACUACGAUGAGUUCCUCAUAGCCGCCUCCUCGUUGUAUUUGGCUGGCAAAAUCAAGGACGACGAAAGCGUCAAGAUACGCGAUGUAAUCAACGUGGCAUAUUGCACCCUCAACCGGGGUAAUGCUCCACUGGAUCUGAACGAUGAGUACUGGUCAAUGAGGGAUGCCAUUGUCCAGGCCGAGCUGCUUAUCACACGCACCCUGGGCUUCGAUCUCAACAUAGAUCUAGCCCACAAGUACUUACUAUACUACAUGAAGACCCUACAAGACUGGGUGGGCGCCGAGGUGUGGAACUCGGUGCCCAUUGCCAAGGCCGCUGCCUCGUAUCUGCAGGACUUUCACCACAGCGCCAAUAUCCUCAAGUACAAGCCCACCCAUGUGGCCAUUGGGUGUCUAUCGCUGGCCCUUCAGACCUACGGCAUCCAGGUGCCGCUCACCGACGAGUCCGACGAAUCCACCAUGUGGUACAAGCCUCUGGUGAAGGACUUCACCCGCGAGAACCAGUGGGAGAUCAUCGAGAACGUGAUCGAGGUGUACCGGCAUGAGGCCUUUCUGAAGGCCGCCUAAUCCCUCCGAGACUGCCAAAUCCAUUCCUUGUUCCAUCCGAAUUUAUUUAUUUUCCCUUCACAACUCAUAAGCCUAUCUCAGUCUAUGCACGAUGUGUGCUCAAAUGUACACUGCAUUUACAUGCUUUUAACAAAACAAAUAAAACCGCCUGGAAUGAAAUGAUAGUAUGCUCGAAAUACGAGACUUACUAUUGGUUAUUACCAGAACCGACAUCUUA